UGUGCUGUGAGCCAUUACAAAUUACAGGGUCGCGAGGAGGGUCGCGUUGUUUACGACAACGCUCGUUCAGCACACAGUCUACUCUAGCAAGCUGGUCAGGAUGAAGCGGUAGUACAUAGUUGAUGCUUAAAGCGUACAGUUGUCACCACAAUGAAGUUCCUGCUUGUGUUAACAAUAUUGCUAGGCAUUGCCCAUAGCAAGGCGAAUGUAUACAAUACUCUGCUCCACAAGCUAACGCAGCAGGCUCACAAUGCCAGCACCAGCGGCAGCUCCCUUUCCGUUUGCGAGCAGCAGUUGCUGGCGCUGGAUGAGGCUUAUCAGCAGCAACAGACUUGGGCACUCAAGGCUCUCGACGCCUCGGGUCAGCUCCAUGAGAGCUUUAUGCUGGGCGGCGGUUUCUCGCUGGGUCAUCGUCCAACUUGUGAAGCGGUUAACAAGCACGUGCUGGUAGACUUUACACGUCGCCAGCCGGAAUUGUUGCGUCAGCUGGCGCCCUUUGCUUUUGAUUAUCGCGUUGCCUAUGUGCACGCCAAUUCGCCUUGGCAGCUGUCGCUGACGCUCAAGGAGACGCCAAUGCUGCACAUAGGUCUCUGCGUGCCACACAGCUGUGAGCAGCCGCAGCUGGAGCGAAUGCUGGAACAGGUGCUCGACAUGGAGGCAGGCGCCAAGCCUUUUAACAUACAGCCCCAGUUGGCGUACACUAAGCAACCAGAGCUGCGCCCGGACUUUGCCGAGUACAAGCCGCUGCGACUGCUGAUUUGGUUGUUGGUGACUGUGGCCCUAUUGACGCUGCUGGCAACAAGCUUUCCCGCGUUGAACAAUCGCGUGGUGAGCUGCUUUAAUUUGGCGCAGAAUUGGCAGCGUUUGUGGAAUCUGCCGGCAGCUGGGGAUAGCCAGGAUGUAAGCAUCCUAAAUGGACUGCGUGUGUGCAGCGCGUUCGCCUUGCUGGUUUUGCAUGUUAGCUGGUUCAAGUUAUUUUCCGUCGACAAUGGCCUCAGUCUGGCGGAGCAGGUGGGCGCCAUUUCCUUGCGCUACACCUUCAUACCCGGCAUGAUCGAAGUCUUUUUUGUCAUCAGCGGCUUUCUUACCGUUUAUAAUUUUUUGCGCGACGAGAAACUGCAGCAUAAAAUUGCCACGGACACGUUCAUAGGCAAUAUGCGUCGUUAUAAACACCAAAUGAUGCAUCGUUAUUUUCGCUUGAUGCCCCUGCAGAUGAUCGUGAUACUGCUGGCGACCAUUAGCUAUGCCUAUCAGGGCCAGGCUUCAAUCUUUCACAUUGUGGAGCCCCUGGACGAACUGUGCGAGGAGCACUGGAUGCGCAACGUGCUCUUCAUACAGAACUUCUAUCCCAUCAAGCAGAUGUGCGGCAACUGGACUUGGUCAAUGGCCUGCGACUUGCAGAUGUAUUUCGUUGCCACACUGCUGCUUUAUAUCUACACCAGACAUCCCAAGUUUGUCCUGCGCAUACCGAAACUGCUGCUAUACCUUAACGUGAUCUACACGGUGGUAAUGAUGACCUACAUGGGAGUGACGCCCAAGUUUGAUGUCAUGUAUGCAGCGGGUGACACGUUCUACGUAAGUCCACUAGUGCGCAUGAUCUCCUACAUCAUUGGCUGUAUGUACGCCUUGGCGCAUGUGCGUGGUGAGCGCACACCCUUUGAGGCUAUGUUUCCCAAUCGCUUGGCAAAGUUUGGGCUGGCGAUCUUUAUGCUUUGGUUGGCCCUGUACAAUCAGCAGCAGGAUCUGCAUAGUGCGUUCUUUUUGAGUAUCACCAUGGUGGUGCUGCGUGGGCUAAUAGCCACAUUUACGGCACAUCUUAUUGUUAGCAGUUUAAAGCUGCAGGAGAGCGGUAUGCUGACACGAUGGAUGGUGCGGCUGCUGCAAUCCCGACCAAUGCAGUUGUCCAAUCGUGUUAUCUUUGCGUUUUACUUGAUGAAUCCGGUGGUUAUACUACACGCAUAUUAUUCUCUUAGCAGCGUUGUGCCCUCCGACACAAGCAUAAUGCUUUCUUUUCUGGUGUCCAAUACUUUCCUUGUAUUCGUUUUCUCAACUGUGUUGACGUUGCUCUUUGAGUUGCCCAUCAGUAGACUGUCGAAUUUGGUUAGGAUCACGUAUAAUGCUAAAUUUGCGAGCGAUUAAUCUUGAAUAAAUACCUAAAGCCUUAAUAUUAACAAAUUGGAAUUGAAAAGUUACAACCAUUUGAAAAAUGCGCUAAAAAAUACCCAAUUCAAAUGUACUUAACACAUUGUCAUCCCGAGUCAGUGCUUAAAUCAUAAUAAAGAGCUAUGGUCACACUACAUUAGCAAAUAAAUACAAUGCA